GACCAAAGGCAGGCUCGAAAUGCAUCCCCCGAUGGCUCUCCGAUGGCUCAGAUCAAAGCAAAAUCUCCCGAGAGGCAGAGCAUCGCGGAGCAUUCAUAAGAAGGUGGCAAUUGUGGGAGACUGGCCAUGUCUCGUCCAGUCAUGAAAAUAUGACUGGCUUCUUUUGUUGCAGAAUCUUCAAUACUCCAGGAUAACCAGCCGCCUCCACUCCACGCUCCCACUGCUCCGCAAAUAAAGUCCAGGCAUUGUGUACAUCAAACUCUCAUCUUUCUCUCUGACUUACCUACAAAGAGUACUGCAACGCAAAUGGAACACAACUCGUUACAUGGCAAAGUCAUCGCCGUGACGGGCGGCGCCUCAGGUAUCGGCCUAGGCAUCGUGAAGAAACUCGUGUCACUCAAGGCCAAAGUCGCCGUCGCGGACGUGUCUGCCGCCCCAGAGGAACUGCCGUCGACGGCCGAGCACGACAACAUCAUGUUCACCAAGGUCAACGUGACGUGUCGGCAGCAAGUCCACGACUGGAUCCAAGAGAUAGUCCAGCGCUUCGGGAGGUUGGACGGCAUGUGCUCCAACGCGGGGAUAUGUCCCAUCGAAGUUGACGUCGCGAGUGACUCCGUCUACCGCUCGAUCAUGGACGUGUGCGUCACGGGCGUGUGGCACUGCGGCACCGAGGCGUACUGGCAGUUCCAGAGGCAGGGGGACGAGGGCAACAAAGGCGUGAUCGUGAACACCGCGAGUGCCGCGGGCCUGAGAGGUGUGAGGAACAUGGCCGCCUAUUGUACGGCGAAGCAUGCCGUCGUGGGCAUGACGAGGAGUUGGGCUUUGGAUUGGGCAAAGGUCGGUGUGAGAGUCAAUGCUCUUGCUCCAGGUCUCACCGAGUCGGCAAUCACAAGGGAUCUACUUGAUCAUCAUGGAGAUGUGGCAAAGACCAUGAUGGAUACCGUACCACUCGGGAGAAUGGGGAAGCCAAACGAGAUGGCUGAUAGUGUGGUAUUUCUCCUGGGUGAUACUGCUUCCAACAUCACGGGCAGCAUCCUAGUUUGCGAUGGAGGGAUGAUGUGUUGA